CGACUGACUGAAAGCGGAACAUGUCGGUUGUGGACGUUCGGUGGUCCGGUAUGGCUGUAUCCCCGUCCGCCCCGCUGGAUUCGGCUUGUCUGUCUCCUUUCGUGAGGCUUUGAGCAGCUCUGCUAACCACAUUCACAGUUAGUCCACGAGCUUUGAUCACCUCGCCACCAACCCCACCCACCACACUUCUUGCGAACGCGAGCCUCGCGUAACCGCAACGCUUUGAACGCGACACUCUGCUUGUGUCCCACACACAGCGCAAGCAGUCUCUAUCUGCUAGUCACUACAUCACCCGUCACAGUGGAAGCGCAGGCCUCUUGCUCCGCAUCUAGUCGACAAUGAUCGCUCCCAGGCUCGCAGCGGCAGCCGCGGGCUCUUCUGGAGCUCUGAGCAGCGCCUCUUCCUCAGCAGCUCGCACCACAGCGCCACGCACGCUCUCUGCCUUGCGCUCCGGCACCACCUUUGGCCUUUCGCGCAACUUGUCAAGCAGCGUCAUCUCGAGCCCCCGAUCGGAUGCACGCGCACAUGCUUCUCGCACCCCUCUCGAAUCUCGACGAUUCUUGAACACAUCCGCUUCUGCUCACCAAGCUACGCCCGUAGACGAUGCGACUGCGAGAGUGGAUCAAGAAGCUGCAGAUUCCGACGCUGGUUUCAACUUGGAGGAUGUUGAGAGAGUGACGGAUGUGGCGGAUGUGCUCAUCGUGGGAGGUGGACCGGCUGGUCUGUCCGCUGCUAUUCGUAUCAAACAGUUGGCGGAACAAAAGGGUGAAGAGAUCAGAGUCGUAUUGCUCGAAAAGGGCGCGGAAGUUGGUAAUCACAUCUUGUCAGGCGCAGUGAUCCAGACCAAUGCGCUGGAUGAGCUGUUCCCCGACUGGAAGGAGUUGGGCGCGCCGUUGAAUCAACCGGCCACAGAGGAUCAAAUGCGCUUCCUCACUCCCACGGGCUCCUUUCCCAUGCCCAAGCCGCCUCAGAUGUCCAACGAAGGCAACUACAUUGUCAGCCUGUCGCGCUUCACUGCAUGGCUCGGAGAGAAGGCCGAGGAGCUGGGCGUCGAGAUUUACCCUGGCUUUGCUGGUGCCAAGCUGGUGUGGGAAACAGAUGAGGCUGGUAACAAGAUUGGGAUCAAGGGUGUGACCACCAACGAAAUAGGUCUUGGUAAAGAUGGCCAACCCAAGGAUUCGUUCGAACCUGGAAUGGAGUUCCAUGCACCUCUGACGCUCUUUGCAGAGGGAGCACACGGCAGCUUGUCCCAGCAAGUCAUCAAGGAUCUCAAGCUUCGCGAAGCGGUGGGGGCAGAUGAACAGACCUACGGCUUGGGAGUCAAGGAGGUUUGGAAGGUCAAGCCCGAGAAGCACAAGGCUGGACUAUGCACCCACACCUUGGGUUGGCCCUUGCCACUCGACACGUACGGUGGCUCUUGGUGCUACCACAUGGAGGAUAACAUGGUCUCGGUCGGCUUGGUAGUAGGGUUGGACUACCCCAACCCUUACCUGAGCCCAUUUAGAGAGUUUCAGAAGAUGAAGCAUCAUCCUUUCUUCGCUGAUCUGCUCGAAGGUGGAGAAUGCGUGGCGUACGGAGCUCGGGCUCUCAAUGAGGGAGGAUAUCAGAGCAUUCCUAAACUGCAUUUCCCCGGAGGUGCUCUAAUCGGAUGCUCUGCCGGCUUCCUGAACGUUCCGAAGAUCAAAGGCACACACAACGCCAUGAAGAGCGGCAUGUUGGCUGCGGACGCCGCUGUUGAUGCGCUUCUUGCGCAGAAGGCCUCGGCCGCAGAUGGCGAGGCGGCAGCACAGUCUGAGUCCGAGUCUGACGAGGAAGAGAUCGAGCUGAAGCCGAGAAUCGACUUGGCAGAGUACAAGAAGCUGCUGGACGGAUCUUGGGUGAUGGAGGAGCUGAAAGAGGUGCGAAACCUUCGACCUUCCUUCCACUCUCCGCUUGGAUUCUGGGGAGGCAUCGCCUACUCGGGAUUGGACAGCUUGAUCCUCAAGGGACGCACGCCUUGGACUUUCCACCACGCCGGCGAGGACAGGGCGCAGACUAAGCCGGCAUCGGAGUGCAAGCCCAUCGAGUAUCCUCGUCCGGAUGGCAAAAUCUCCUUUGACAUCCUGACCUCUGUGAGCAGGACUGGAACGAACCAUGCGGAAGAUCAACCUGUUCAUCUACACGUCAAGGGUGGAGAUUAUGCGGGUCACACGGAGAGGAAUGUGGGAACGUACGAUGGGCUGUUAGGAAGAGCUUGUCCGGCUGCCGUUUAUGAGUAUGUGGAUGCUGAAGGUGGAGAGGAACACGCCAGAGGGACGAAGUUCAACAUUUCCAGCCAGAACUGCAUCCACUGCAAGACUUGCUCAAUCAAGGUUCCUGAUGCUAGCAUCGAGUGGCGCGUACCAGAGGGCGGUGGAGGUCCAAAGUACUCCCUCACCUAAUUUUUUUGUGCGAGCAAGCCAUAUCGCUCCAGGAUUACUUGCUCUUGCAAUCACGUCGCUUUUCCCACUUUCGCGCACAAGUAAUAUCGAUGCAUCUAGAAAGUGCGCCUGUCGUGCUUGUUGACUCAUGUAGUGCAGCCAGUCCAAUCUGCUGAUCAAGUCGUUUGCACUAGAGGGCUAUCUGAUGUGAUCUUGCAAUCUCAAUGUCUUGGU